AUGAUACCACUCAGAAUGAAGUUCCUGCUGUUCCUGGCUUCCCAGAUGGCCAUCUUCAUUCUGUUCAUCCUUGUAUACUCCCACAACGACAACUCCCUGCAGGUGAAGGAGGAACCCAAGUCCCCGCACAUGCAUGUGCUGGUCCUGUCUUCGUGGCGCUCUGGCUCCUCUUUUGUAGGGCAGCUUUUUGGACAGCACCCAGAUGUCUUCUACCUGAUGGAGCCCGCCUGGCAUGUGUGGAUGACCUUCACACAAAGCACGGCCCAGAGGCUGCAUAUGGCCGUGCGGGACCUCAUUCGGGCCGUCUUUCUGUGUGACAUGAGCGUCUUUGAUGCCUACAUGAAUCCUGGCCCCCGGAAACAGUCCAGCCUAUUCCAGUGGGACGGCAGCCGGGCCCUGUGUUCCCCACCUGCCUGCAACCUCUUCCCGCGAGAUAAGAUCAUACCCCAGGCCCACUGCAGGAUUCUGUGCCACAAGCAGCCCUUCGAGGUGGUGGAGGAGGCCUGCCGCACCUACAGCCAUGUGGUGCUCAAGGAGGUGCGCUUCUUCAACCUGCAGGUGCUCUACCCUCUGCUGAGAGACCCUUCCCUCAACCUGCACAUUGUGCACCUGGUCCGGGACCCCCGCGCAGUGUUCCGGUCCCGAGAACGCACCACGAAUGAACUUGAGAUUGACAGCCACAUUGUGAUGGGGCAGUACCGGCAGAAACUCAAGAAGGAGGAUCAACCUUACUACGCGAUGCAAGUCAUCUGCCAAAGCCAGCUGGAGAUCUUCAAAGCCGUGCAGUCCUUGCCCAAAGCCCUAAGGCAGCGCUACCUGCUCGUGCGCUAUGAGGACUUGGUUCGGGACCCCCUGGGCCAAACUGCCCGAAUGUAUGAAUACGUAGGGCUGAAAUUCUUGCCCCGGCUCCAGACUUGGGUACAUAAUAUCACUCGAGGCAAGGGCAUGGGUAAGCACGCCUUCCACACAAAUGCCAGGAAUGCGCUCAAUGUCUCUCAGGCCUGGCGCUGGUCCCUGCCUUAUAAAAAGGUUUUUCGACUUCAGAAAGUCUGCAGGAAUACCAUGAACCUACUAGGCUACCACCUUGUCACAUCAGACCAAGAGCAGAAAAACCUGUCGCUGGAUCUUCUGUCUACCUGGAGCCCCUAUGAGCUGGUCUAUCAAGAGGGUUGA